AUGUGUGGCCUUCUCGCGCUCUCUUUCCGGCUUCACCCGCUUCUCCCGGCUCGUCUCCGCGUCGCGCUCUUCUCGUCCUUCGGCCUCGCGCCGCGAGAUCAUCGGGCAGCCGUGGCGAAAGUGCGCGGACUGCGGCGCUCAAGCGUCUCCCUCAGCGCAAACUUCUUCGUCUUCUCGUGGUUGAGCAUUUGCUCUGCUGCGUCGUCUCGCGCAGGGUUUCGCUCCGAGUCUGUCUCGCCGAGUUUGUCCUUUGCCCUCUUCUGGCAUGCUCUCCACUCUCGCCGCAUGACGCCUGCGCGGGAGACGCGGCGCGCCCGAGGCGGGACCGCCGGCGCGUCGAGUGCGGAACCGUCUCCGGAAUCUUUCUUUUCGCCUCGCUCAGGCGUCUGCGCCGCUGCUCCAUCUUCUCCGUGCAUCUCCGGGAAGGGCGAACAAGGCGCGGACCCGAGAGCUCGCGUCGAUCUCGCGCCGCGACACGCGUCUUCGGCAGAGGCCAGCGACCGCGGAGCCAACUCUUCCGGGAGUCUCGAGGCGCUCGCUGGCGCCGGUCUUCGCUUCUCCCGGCGCCCCUCCAGCGGCGACGAGGACAGCGCCUCGGAAGGUUUAGGGAAACGGCGAAGCACGUCGCAGUCGGCGGCUUCUGUUUCGCCGUCGGUGUCUUCGUGCUGCCCGUCUGCCUCUUCUCACUACUGUCCCUCCAGUGCGUCUCUCUCGUCUUCGGCUUCGCAGUCGGCCGUGUCUGCAGAAGGCUUUCUUCGCCGCGUCUCCUGGGGCUCCAGAAGCGCCGGUGGGCCUCGCGCGGCGCUCGCGCCGCUCGCUUCCGGGAAAGGCCCUCUCUCGCUGAGCGAGCCGAGCGCGCCUCCGGCCUGUGGCUGCCCUCCCGCGGCGCUCGACUUCCACCAGGCUCUGACUCUGCAUGCAGACAAACAGCUGGCGUCGCCACCGUCACAGUCUGCUGGUGUGUCGUCGUGCGCUGCCUUCGCCUCUUCCGCGCGGUCGCUCGCGUCCGCUCCCUUGGGGGAGACAGACAGCGCGGGCGCUGCCCCACACCGCAGCACGCCUGUCGGCAUGCGGGCGGAACUCGGAGGCCGAGACACGAGGCCGCGAAUUUUGUCCGGACACGCAGCCCGCCAGGCCGUCGCUGUUCGAGAGGAGGGAGGGAACGGAGGAGCGAGCGCUGAGGAGCGGGUGCGCCCUCAUCCAGAAGAAAAGGCCGAGCGAAACGCAGCGCGCGCGUCGACCUGGGUGGAGCCCUGCGUGGAUCAGGAAGAAAGGAAGACACCGGAUGUGAAGGGACAUCUCUGCGCCACACAGCGAGAGGAACCGCGUCAGCCCCCAUUGGUCUCCGCUGGUGGAACGGGAGGUGAUGGGAAGGGCGGAACCGAUCCGGCGCCCUCGCCACGGUCGGCACCUUCUGCCUCGAGUCUGGACUCCGCUCCCCGCGAAAGUGCGGUUCUCGCGGCCUCGUUGAACGAGUCGUUCGCCUCAGCCGUCGACGGCGCAAGGUCUUCCUCAGGCGGCCGGAGCGGCGGGGCGCCUCUGGGGAAGAGCCGCGCUCGCCUGCAGCUGAUGCGCCACGGCCUCGCGCCCGUCCCAGGUGUCUCCCCGCACCCAACAGGUGGGGAGAGGACAGCAGAUAGUCUCCGCCUGCUGCGCGACCUACAGUCGCUGCCGGGUCCCCACGGGUUGCAUGCGCGGCACUUGGCCACCUUCCUGCAGAAACACCGCGAGAUCUUCGCACCUGCCACGGUCUCGGUGCGGGCGCGGGCCGAGAGAGACCGGGACGCCUCGACACGGCGCGCGUCCGGCCACGCUUUCGUUCACGUUUAUGGGCCGGGACAAGGCGGCGAAGGCGGGAGAGAGCGCCUGUUCUUCUCGUCUUCUGGUCACAUGCGGUUCGCGCCCUCGGGGGCGCUUGUGGACUCGGCGACUGGCGAGCAUUCGUACGGAGAUCUCCACCCUCCUUUCGUCCAAUGGGUCUCCGCACUUGUCUCGGCGUCGUCCGCCUCCUCCGUGUUCGGGGUCGGGCCCGACCCCACAGCCUCCCAAGGGAACCCGCACCGGCACGCAGGGCGGCCGCCAACUGCGAAUGUGGGGCGCGAGGAGAGGCCUUUCGUGAGGCAGGCCGACUCGCUCGCGGAAGGAAGAUGGCCCGAGGAAGGGGAGGCAGGUGCGUCCGCAUUUUCUUCUCCGCGGUCUCUACACAGUCCUGGGGAAGACGGAGGAGACGGAGGGCGCACGACGGUGGAGACAGCUGGCGGCGGUGACGGGGAGGCAACUGUCUUUGCCGCGUUCUGUCUCAGUCCCGCAGCUCGGAGAUUCCAAGCGAGCCGCGGACCUCUCGCGUUCUCGGGCGUGGCCACGCCAGGAGGCGCAGACGACGGAAGAGACACCGCGGGUUUGGGGCCCGCGUCGGGUGACGAAGAAGCUCUGACGCGGGUGAGGCUCUGCACCCUGUCUCCAAGCUGGCCUUUGAGUCCCGCGUCGUUAUCCGCGGGCAAUUCACCUUCAACUUCGAUUGUCUCCACAGCAGACAACCUUCACAGCGCGGCGCUGGCGGCAAGCGCCGCGCACGAGAUGACUCAAGAGACUCUGGAGAGCUACGGUGGUAACGAGCAGGCCAACAGCGCGGGGUGGCCCAGAGACAGCUGUGGAGCCUCGCGGGGAGACUUGGGGGGCCUGCGCGGGGGGACGGAAAGGGAUCUGCAGGCUGCCUCUGCUGGCUUCGCGUCUCCAGCCUCGCCUCACUUCGAAGCCGCGCAGGGUGAAGACGCAGAGGGCUGCGGCGGCGGACAGGAAGCGAGAGACGGCGACGCCAAGCAACGAAGACGACAGGAAGCAUCAGGCGAUGCGGCACUCCUAGGUGCCUCCAAAGCGAGGCGCGGCUGGCGGGCGGAGGUCGCGUUUGGCGCGAGUCAUCCGCCAGCCCGCCAGAGGUGCGUUUCGAGAGAAGCGGGCGAGUCCGGAGAGACGCGCCGUGCCAACGUUCGAGGCGACAGGGCCGGUGACGGCGGUGCACCCGCGGCCGCCCUCCGCGUGGACGGGGGACUUUCUUCUUCUCUGUUUUCGCGGUGCCGCACAGCCCCGCAGCCGCUCCGGACGUUGCUGCAGUGUGAGGAGUCUGUGUCACCGUCCGCGCCGCUUCCGCCCUCGGAGUGUGUGCCCAAUCUGUCUCGCUCCCUCUGCUUGCUGGCCCCCAGCUCUGCGCCUCGCGCCUCGCGGCGCAUCACAGUCGCCGCACCGGAAGCGGCGGGGCUGCCGAGGGUGGCCGCGCCCAGCGAGCCGCUCCAGCGCAGAGGCAAGUCGCUCCCGCCUCCGCGAUCGCGAGAGUGGCGCAAAUCGCGCGCAGCUGUCGCAGCCAUUCUGGGCUCGACCGUGGCAUCGUGGCGGACUUCGCAUCUGGCCCGGCACCUCGGCCGCUUUCCCUUCUUCGCGGAGUUGCGCGAUGUCUGUCACGAGGUGUACAUCCACUCGCGGUUCGGACGCUUCUACGCCAGCGCAGGUGCGGAGCGGGCGACUUCGCCCGCCUCGCGCGGGGACUGGGAACGUGCAACGAGCGUCGGAGGGCGGUGGGCGGGGUGGCGAGAGGCAGAGAGCGGCGCGUCGGCGAAUCCGAGACCGAGGAAUUUUGUUCAUGGCCAUGGGCCUUCUGUCUCCCGGUCCUCUGUCGCUGGCGACUCGCCUCGCCAGAGCGCUGAAAGGUGGAAUGGAAGGCGAGGCCGCGCGGCUCCUGGCCAGGCGUCUGCUGUAGGCCCCGGUUCGCCGCGAAACCAUCUGCCUGCUGGCGCACGGUCUUUCCCAUCUGCGCCGUCUCCUGUCGACGCAUGUGCCGCGAGCAGCGACGAGGGAAGAGAGUUAAAACCCGCCUCUUCGCGCCGCGCCCCGCGCUCACCGGCCGCCGCGUCGGGUUUCUCUCCCCUUGGCUGGCAAGAGCGGCGAGGCGGAAGCCAGCGAUCGGAGACGGGCGGGCGGGGCGAGGAGUGGAGAGAAGCGCGGUGGACCGGUGCAGAGUGUCGGAGCCGCCGUCCGCCGCGGAGUCCCGACGGGUUCUCAGGAGAGGAGCAGAGCUCAGAACGGAGUUCCAGUGAGGGUUGGGGGCACGGCGACAUCGAGCAGCCGCUGCAGAGACGAGGCCGAGCGACAAGUCACUCUCCGCACCGCAGCGUGCGCCAUUCCGACCCCCGCCCGUUCAUGUCCCCGUCGAGGCGCGGGUACUCGCUGCGUCGAAAGCUCUGGAGGUUCACCAAUGUUCCUGCGGACGCGACGCUCGUCACUGGCCCGGGCAACGAGGCGGAGAAGCCAGGCGGGAGAGGCGAGCUGCGGCAGUCCCCGUGUCGCCCAGACGAAGGCCACCGCGCCCUUUGGUGUCCCUCGCCGCAGCGGCGACCGAGACGAGCAGACGCGCGCGGACACGCAGGUGGAAGGCAGGUGUCUCCCAGUGUCUCCCCGGGGGCGUUUGCCUGUCAAGGUCUUGGAGACCACACAGCGAGGAGACGCGUCCCCUCGACGUGCGAAGGACGCCGAAGGUCAACAGGCACGUCGGGCUCCCCCGAUGCGGUCUCCGAGUGGGAAAAUUACCGUCGCCCAGCCAGCGCCAAGGCGCUCUCCAGUGCAGGUUCUGCGCGGCGCGGAGGCGAACCGGACGGCGGGCAAGAAGACAGGCAGGGAAUGGAGGCAGGACGCGGCGCAGCGCUGUGCCGGAAGAUUCGGGAGCGACUGAGUGGAAGAGGAACAAGUCGACAGCGGGGCGAAGGACCGAGGCGUGUCGAGAGGGACGGUGGGGAGCGGACACCGGUGGUUCGGCCAGCGCGUGUUGAGCCUACGCCGAGGGACUCCACCUGUCAGACUUGCUGGCCAAAAGCCGGUGACGCCGGAUCUCGUGCGUCGUCCUCUCCGCUGUCUUCGCGUUCGUCCUUUGAGUCGCCCUUGGCUUCGCGGGGCGCGGCCGCGACCUCUUUCGCUGGCAGUCCGAGGCGGUCCUCUCCAGAGGCGCUGGCGCAGAGCUCUUGUUCGCCUCCUGUCCUUUGUUCUUCUACUGGAACGAGGCGGGACUCCGAAAAGGGGACGAUUCCUCAAUCGCCUGCUUCCAGGACUGCUCGCUCACGAGCCGAGAGAGCGGGAGAAUCCGGUGGAGACUGUCCAGCGGCGUCGAGUGGCACGACGAGUCCAAGGAGCCACGUCAUUCGGAGCUUUGCCGCGAGCGAGCGAGACUCCGACCACGAAGAGACCUCUGUCUCUGCGCCUCGAAGCCUCCUCUCGCACGCCCGUCCGGGCCUCGGACACCGGUGUGUCUCCGGCCCGCCUGGCGAGGGGCUGUUCUUCCAGAGCGCGCGGCCUUCGACGCCUCAGAUCCUCUCCACGGUCUCGCUGGCGACAGGCGAAUACGAAGGGGACGAGCGGCAAUCGACGACGAAUCGGGGUGGAACAGGCGCUGUGGCGUGUGCAGGACAGGCCAAGCAGGCGCAGCGACCUCGGGGGUCGGGAGAAGGCGAGGAAAGACGCCUUGGCGAGCGACGCAGGAACCGGGGAGGGACGGCUGCGCAAGGGAAGGAACGCAGCGCGGAAACGCGAAGCAGCUCGGGGGAUAGCUCACCACACCCUUCGCAGGACGCGGGUCUUCUCCCUGGAGCCCCUUUGCAGGUUUCCUCUGGAAAGCCUUGGCACGAUUCUUCCGGUGGUGAGCAGGCCUCGCAGACGGGCGACAUCCCACGCGAUGGAUGCCAGCGACUCGCGGUCUCUCCGGCCGGCGCGAGCUACAGUGGGGCGACGCGGCGACAGACGUGGGGCGCGUCCAUCGCACCGGCGACUACGCUCUCUCUUGCGGUCUUACAAGGAGAGACGUUGAGUCUAGUGGGGACGCCCACCUCUCGCCCUACGAGGGGACCGGUCACUGAGGGCGGAGACGUCGCGAGGAUCAGCCGGAGUCAGGUUGGAAGCGAGGAAGGAUGGACUGCGCGCGAGGUGCCGGCAGGCGGUUCAAAAGACGACGCGAAGACGCCGACGUGGGCGACUCGCUGCUCCCUACGGAGGAAAUCGGGAGCCAGCUGGAGGAGUCCGCCAAGGCGUCGGGCCUGCGCGCUUCAAAAACUUCUUGCGAAAACGCAAAGAAGAGACCUCGCAGCGCUCGAAGGGUUCCGGCGACGCACCCUGAGCUCGGAGUCUGUCGGCAGCGCAGGCUCGGCGGACUCUGUGAGCAGCGUGGACAGCGUCGGAGCAGACGCAGUUCCUGGGUGGUCCCACGCCUUCUUGCUGUCUGCCUCUCCUCUCGCGGCCUCUCGCGCGUCGCUUGUUCCCCAGAGCCUCGACCAGGGACCGGGACGUCCAGAGCUCGGCUCGUCGGUCUUCUCCGUGCGCAGCCCCAUCCACCGCGCCAACACCGUGGCCUUCGGACCCGAGCAGGGCGAGGCGCGCCUGAGGCUCGACCUCAACCUGGGGCGCCUGAGUGGUUGCCUGCGAGACUUCCCACAGUGCAUUUUGGAGGUCAUUCUCAGCGGUCGUGGGAGGCGAGUGCGGAGACGAGAAGACGAGAUGGACGCGUCCGUGCCCGCCUCCGAAUCCCGCGGCACGCACGGAGAGGGGCGAGGAAAGGACGGGGAAGGCCCGCGACGAGAGGCUUCGUACGGUCCGGCUUGUCGCGAACGUGCCUCGCCUCGAGCUGGCCACGACUCACGGCCGGAGACACCAGGCGCUAGGCAGACAGAGGGCGAACGCCCAGGCGGCCGCGGCGGAGGGCGUCUGUCGGCGAGCUCUGCGUCUUGCGGCCCCGCCCCGCCUGCUAAGCUCAGGCAUCCGCCAGGCCUUUCUUCGUCUCACGAUACGACGGAAUCACGCGCGGAGUUGUCUCAGCGGGUUGCGUCGAGGGGCGUUGCGACCUCAGGGACGGGGAGGCCGCGCCUGUGUCUGUGGCUAGGCUCCUUCUCGAUCCCCAGGGACGACAAGCGCUACCGAGGGGGCGAAGACGCGUGGUUUAUCAGCAGCGCCUGCAACGCGGUCGGCGUGGCCGACGGCGUCGGCGAGUGGGAAGACCUCGCCGGCAUCAACCCUCAGUCCUUCGCCCAGGAUCUGAUGAAGGGAUCUCUCAGACAUGUGCGGAGAAUCAAGAAGACGCAUUGGGCGGAACAGCGACGGGCAGAGGAACGGCCGGCAGAGCGCCACGCUUCGGAACAAGGACACGAUCGCAAGGGCUCAGACGAGGCGACAAAGCCCGACUUUGAUGCUGCGCAAGCUGCCACGGAGGCGCUUUCGAAGGCCUAUAGGGAGGCAAAAAAUUACGGAAGCAGCACAGCGCUCGUGGGAGUUCUCGACGAGGAUAAAGCCAUCCUCGGGUUCGCGAAUCUCGGAGACAGCAGUGGGAUGGUUCUUCGUCGUCUCCGAAACCACACGCGCGCCGGCGGAACCGCCCUAAGUGUCGUGAAGCGAGUGAAGGGAAUGCAGCACAGCUUCAAUGUCCCCUAUCAGUUCGCCCAUAUUCCUGCUCCUGAGGAUUGGGAGCGGUUGCGAGCUACGGGCUUGCAUCGUUUGGUGUCCAUUGCAGAGAAGGAAUUUCAUCAGCGCGCAGAAGAGAGGACACCCGCCGGCGGCAAGCGCGGCGAGGCAGGUGAACACAGCGAACCUGAUUCGCCCAUUGGAGACUCGCCGUCGUGUAUCGAGUCGACAACAGUGCGCGUUGAAGCAGGAGACCUUAUUCUUCUCGGCACUGAUGGGCUGUUUGACAAUCUCUUCGACUACGAAAUUACCGCGCUCAGUACGUACUGGCGAUCGCUGGACUCCUCUGCGCAGGCACCUUUUGCGAAGGAAGCGAGGAAGCAGACCGCACUGGAAGGCCGUGCCGGCCAGCGAGGCUCCCUGUUUUCGAGUUUUACAAGUGGUGGGAAAGAAGACGAUAUCACUGUCGCCGCUGCGUGGGUGGUGGCUGAAGCCGAUGCGAAUUUAGAUAGCGAGUACGAGCUUGCGCUUGACCGGGGUGAGGAGAACAUCGCGGAAGCAGAGAGCGGAGGAAUGCCAUCACUAUGGCAAUGA